AUGGAGGGUUCGAGGCAUGGAGAGGGGCUGGGACACCAUAGCUGCCUGGCUUGGCGGUCACACCUGCUCUUUCUCUGCGUUCAGGUGGAACACCGCGCCUUGCUGUCGACCUUGCAGCUGUUGUACACUGUGGGGUACUCCCUCUCCAUCGUCUCCCUCUUCCUGGCUCUCACCCUCCUCUUGUUUCUUCGAAAACUCCACUGCACACGCAACUAUAUCCACAUGAACUUGUUUGCCUCUUUCAUCCUGAGAGCCCUGGCUGUGCUGGUGAAAGACGUCAUCUUCUACAACUCGUACUCUAAGAGGCCCGACAGUGAGAAAGAGUGGAUGUCCUACGUGUCAGAGGUGUCCACUUCCUGCCGCUCGGCCCAGGUUCUCCUGCACUACUUCGUGGGUGCCAAUUACUCAUGGCUGCUGGUUGAAGGCCUUUACCUCCACACGCUCCUGGAGCCCAUCGUGCUUUCGGAAAGGCGGCUGUGGCCCAGAUACCUGCUGGUGGGUUGGGCCUUCCCGGUGCUCUUCGUGGUACCCUGGAGCGUCGCCCGUGCUCAGCUGGAGAACACAGGGUGCUGGGGAACCAACAGGAAUAAGAAUAUCUGGUGGAUCAUCCGAGGACCCAUGCUGCUUUGUGUAACGGUCAAUUUCUUCAUCUUCCUGAAAAUUCUCAAGCUUCUCAUUUCUAAGCUCAAAGCUCAUCAAAUGUGCUUCAGAGAUUAUAAAUACAGAUUGGCCAAGUCCACGCUGGUCCUCAUUCCUUUAUUGGGUGUUCAUGAGAUUCUCUUCUCUUUCAUCACUGACGAUCAAGUUGAAGGAUUUCCAAGAUAUAUACGACUCUUCAUUCAGUUGACUCUGAGCUCCUUCCACGGACUACUCGUGGCCUUGCAGUAUUGCUUUGCCAAUGGAGAGGUGAAGGCCGAGCUGCGGAAGCAGUGGGCCCGCUUUUUGCUAGCCCACCACUCGGGCUGCAGAGCCUGGGUCCUGGGGAAGAACUUCCGAUUCCUAGAGAAAUGUCCCAAGAAGCUCGCGGAGGGGACCGGCUCCGGCAAGCUGCAAAAGGCGCGGCCCUCGCCCCACGGUGGGCGUCUCCUGCACUCGACUGCGGAGGGUCUGGGGGCGGCGGGCGCCCUGCCCCGCCAAGGCCACGCAGCCUGGCCCCGGGGCAGCAGCGUGUCGGAGAGCAGCGAGGGGGACUUCACCCUGGUCCACACCAUGGAGGAGAUUCUGGAGGAGAGCGAGAUCUAGGCAGGAGCCCACCUCUCUGGCUCCGCUCCCUGGGGACUCCUGAGGCGGGCGAGGGAGGAGGCGGCCAAGCGGCACGUUGAUGACCUUGCGGGCGCAAAGCCGGCCCGCUUCCCGCGCACCCCGCCCACUCCGACGUGACGGCGCCCCGCCCACUUUGGAUGUCUCUUCCGGGCUUGUCCUGCUCUGUACGACAGAGGCUGCGUACACUCACCGCCUCUGCGUGACCUGUCAUCCUCAUCACCCCCGCAGGUGUGUUUUCCAGAAUGCCACCAGCCUCCCGGGCUGGGCUAUAUUCGAGUGAAUGGAGCCCUAGGAUACGGAGAGAUGUCUGCUAUGAGAUAGAGGCUAGCCGCUAUCCUUCCUUUACCCUUCAUGCUACAAGGUGUCUAUCUGAAGUCGGGUUCAGUGUGUCCAAGGACCACCUGCGAAGUGUUUUAAAUGCAGAGUCUGACUCAUGGCAGAGAUUCUAAGAGGGUGCACCUGGGACGAUGGCCGGAGAUGGGAAUUGUGUAACAAGCGUCCCAGGUAAUUCUGAUGCGAGCCCACAUUUUGAAAACCUGGGGCAGGAUGCGCAGGAGCCAGAAGCCCCUCUGAGCUGGCCGCUGGCGGGAGAGACCACCGGAGUUCUGCAUUCAGCAGUUCAGCUGUGACACGCCUGCCCUCCUCUGACAGGGUGGACCGCACUCCGCCCUCCAGAGCCCUCUCCUUCCCUUCUCUCUUCCUCCUCUCUUGUCAAGUCUUCCCUCCCUCUCUCCAUCUCAGUUCUCAUCCGUGGGCAGCAGCAGUUCUGUUUGAUCUGUAACGAGCCCAUCCUGCCUCGGAGGGUUGGCCCCAGCACCCAGGGCCCCUCUGAAAGUUGCUGUUGGUCAUUUUCUCACUUUUCUGGCUCCACCUGCCUUUCUGAGCUUGGCUUCUUCAAGCCUUACUUGCCUACCGUUCUCUGCCAUUUGGGGUUUGCCGUUGAUACCUGGAUGGCUGUACCGUCUGCUCUGGGAGGUUUGCCCACUGUUCUCCCGGCCCUGUUCUCCACUCCUCGUAUGGAAUUGGAUGCUGAGAGCCGGAGGGGACCCAGCUGACAUGAGAGGACUGUGGCUGAUCUGGACACGCCGAGGAGGCACCGAGGGGGCCGGGGCUGUGGACCCGGUCUGCAGGUGGGGAGUAAGUUGUGCCCAGACCCUGAGUGGAGGGUGCUUCUGGAGGCUGAGGAGGGCCCAGGCAAUUAGGGUCAGGCUCAGUGGCUGCAGCUGUAAGGCAAGAGGCUGAGGAAGGUCAAGGGAGGAACGUCCUAUGGAAACGGUGUCAGCGCUCAGGAGCGUCGCUUUUAUAGCGUGUAAAAUGUAUGUGUACGUGGGUGGCCGGGGUAUGAUGCUGUGGGACCAAGUCCUGCCUUAUAUUAGGGGGAAGGGUGAUAUGAUACUUAUCAAGUAGAGGGUGCCAGAUUUUGCAAUUAAAAAUACACAAUUCGGAUAUAAGUAUACGUAUAGCUGAUUCACUUUGUUAUACAGCAGAAACUAACACAACAAUGUAAAGCAA